UGUUCAUGUUCUCGUCCAAUCCCUGGAGCUACUACCGUCUGUCGCUGCUUCAGUCUGCACUCAGCACCGUGACCACUGCUUUUACCGCUGCCGCACCACAUUUUUCGGUCUCUCUGCGUUGUUGUGUUUCGUCUCUGCCCCUGCGAACUACUCAGUCGCACACUCUCCUCCGCUUCUCCAGCACCGCUCAAUCCCGUCCAGAGUCCUCAACCCCUAGUCAGAUUCAGUCUCUCUCCUCUCUCCUCCGAGGUUUGAGAAGAUGAAGCACGAGGCUGAGGCUGAAGCUAAGGCUCUCCCUCUCGAAUUGGUGGAGAAAAUCCUAUUAUGGUUACCGGUAAAAUCCCUAAUUCAGUUCAGGUGCGUCUCUAAACAAUGGCUUUCUCUGAUUUCUGAGUCACGUUUUGCAAAAUUGCAUUACGAUACUACUGAUGCCGCACCUGCCAAUAAGAACACUAGGCUUUUGUACUUGUCGAGUGAGGUUCCUGAAGCUCGUUGUGUAGAUCUUGAAGCUUCAAUUCGCGGCGAUUACGCUCUUCAGCUUCCUCUAAGUUGUCGUCUUUUCAGCCUUAGUAUUCUAGGUUCAUGCAGGGGCUUCAUACUGUUGCGCAUUCAUGUUCAUGGUGCUCCACUCCUUCUGUGGAACCCUGUAACGGGUUCUCACAGAUCAAUGUCGUACCCUGUUGCUGACCCUGAUGCUCCUUGUUGGAUGGGUUUUGGCUCGUCAAAUAAUUUAUGGGGUGGUCUUAGCUAUGAUGAAUCUAGUGAUGAUUAUUUAGUAUCACUAGGAUGA